UUGACGGGUAGCAGAGAAGAGGGUGCCUGCUAGGCCGGCUUGAUUCUCGCCGAGUGGGUGCCGGGGUUUCUGCACGCCAUGGGGAAGAGGGAUAACCGAGUGGCUUAUAUGAAUCCCAUAGCAAUGGCUAGAUCACGAGGUCCUGCUCCAUCUUCAGGACCUACCAUACAAGACUACUUGAACAGACCAAGACCAACAUGGGAAGAAGUCAAAGAACAACUAGAAAAGAAGAAGAAGGGUUCCAAGGCCUUAGCAGAAUUUGAGGAAAGGAUGAAUGAGAACUGGAAAAAAGAAUUGGAAAAACAUAGGGAGAAAUUGUUAAGUGGAAGCGAGAGUACUUCAAGAAAGAAAGAGAAAAAGAAAAAAGAGAAGAAGAAAUCCAGUAGGUUGUCUCCAUCUUCCUCUUCCUCAUCAAGCUCUGAUUCUUCCAGCAGUUCUUCUGAUAUUGAAGAUGAGGAUAAGAAACAAGGGAAAAAGAGAAAAAAGAAAAGGUAUCGCUCCUCACGGAAAUCGUCGGAAAGCACUAGUUCAGAUUCUGAAUCGGACAGCAAGGACAGCUUAAAAAAUAAAAGAUCAAAGGAAGACUAUGAAAGAGAAAAGGAUACCAAAAGCCUUGGUAGAAAAAGGAAAAAAACAGAUCGUGGGGAUGGCUUGUCAUUGUCGGACUCCUCAUCAGAAUCUGAGCAAACAGAUGAGGUACAAGCAAAAAAGAAGAAAAUCAGUGAAGAAAAAGAUAAAAAUGAGAAAAUAAAAAAGCGAAAGAAGCACAAGAAACAUGGAAAGAAGAAGAAAAGGAAGACAGCUAGCUCAAGUUCUCACUCGGAAUAACAUCCAUCAAGACUCUUUUUUUUCUUAUCAAAAGUGCAAUGAGACUAGAGAGAACUGCAACUGUGAAAAUUAUGAUGACCUACCAACUGCAUGAGCUCUCCUGUGUGUUAACAAUAUUUUAGACUUUCAGCUUGCCCUGUGCCAUUGGGCUGGAAAUAGCCAUUGUUGUUGCCUGAUGCUUAAUAUAUAUAUAUAUAUAUAUAUAUAUGUAGUACCCCUCUCCCCCCCCCCCGCCCCCAGUAGCUGGUGUUAAAUGUUUUGAAAUAAGUCAUGCACAUGGUUUAAAUGACACAAUAGCAAUGUGAAAUUGGGUUGAAACAAAAAGGGCUUGCCCAUUCUAGAGUUUUUACAUGUUCUCUGAUACAGUUAUGUAGCUCCUGUACCCAGGAGUCCCCCUGCAUUGUAACAAAAGGAACCUAUUCACACACGUAAAGAACUGUGCAUGUGGAUCAGCUCCAUCUGCUAUAAUGAAUGGAGCAGCACUGUGGUCAGGGGCACUCUGCAUAUGCAUCAGAGCUCAUGUACCCAUAAGCAAAAGCUGAAUUAGGGCAUUUAUUUUGAUAAACUGAUGAUGAAGUUUGCAGAAUUCCUCUUCAAAGGUGAACGUAACAUAGCACUACCUGUGACAUUUCAUUACUACUGAUGCCAUUUUAAAACUGAAACAUCCCAGUGACACCUGCAAACGUUAUUUUUGUAGAUACCUGUAAUAUAAUUUUACUUUUUUGGGGGGUGAGACAUGGGUGCCCACGCUCUCACAGAUCAGAAAGAGUAUUUUGAUCUUUGCCAAAAGCAGUAGUGUUUGCUGAUACUGUCACUGUGCUUCCAAGGGCACAUUCUCCUGCCUUUUCCUAUCUGAAUAUGAAGUAGAAUCCACUGGAAACUUUCCUUGAAGGCCCCACUAAAGUACAUGGAAGUUGCAGGAGGGCAGUUGUGCUGAUAGUUAAGGCAAAGGUAGACAUGACAGGCUGCCACAUUUGUUUGGUAGCUGCCCCAUUCACAUAUAAUGCUGGGGAUUGGGGAGGAGUAAUUUUUAUAACAAAAUGUAUGCAAGGCUGUGGGGAGGUGAAUGUGGUAGCCUUCCCCACUACACUUCUUUGCUUCCCCCUAUCCUGGUUCACUUCUGAAAUUGGAGUUGGAUUGGGAGAAAAGUGCCUGUAGCAAAGCUUGGGGGAGGGUUGAGAAGGGGAGGGCUCAGCUACAUUCAUCAUCUUUACUGUAAAAAUUAGACCCCAUCCUAGCUCCUGCUUCAUAUGUGAGUAGGGCAGGCAAUAAAUGUGGCUACCCAUUCUCAUCUUGUUUGGCUGUCAGUUUAGUCUGGACCUGUCACAUAUGCUGCUGGGGUGAGGAAAAACAUUAACCUACUGCAGCAUAGCUUGCAUCUAAAAGUGAGGAUCUUACCCCUGUUGGAUAAAAAUAAUAAUGAAUACUGUGCUAGUAAUAUGCAUUACCAUUAUCUGAGGUGGUAUUGAGUUUAACUAAAGUUUUCUGACAAACAUUUUUUUAAAAACUUGUGUUGUCAUUAAGGUAUUUAGAAUUAAUGUUCUGCAUGAUUUUUGAACCAUUUUAAAAUUAACCAAUAGAGGGAUACAGUUGUAAUCAGUGGGUUUUUUAAAUUAUGUUCCACAUGAUGCAUUACUUAUAAGUAAUAGUUCAUAUUGCAUUCAUGCUUAUGUUUAAAUGCACACUUGCUGAAGAUAUUUAGCAUGUAAAAAGCUGAGGGGAUGAUAUCAAACAGCUUCAUAUUGAAGCUGGUUUUACUCUACGCAAGUUCAGUGGCAGACCUGUUAUGCAACUAUGUCCUGGUAUACAAAAUUACUGCCAGACACUUAGUAAAGAUAUGUUUUAAAA